ACACGUCCCUCCUUUCCUUUCCUCUCUCCCCAGGAAUGCAUCCUCUCCGGGAUCAUGUCAGUGAAUGGAAAGAAAGUCCUUCACAUGGAUCGGAACUCUUACUACGGAGGGGAAAGCGCAUCCAUUACACCCCUGGAGGAUCUCUACAAAAGGUUUAAUCUCCCAGGAACCCCACCAGAAUCUAUGGGGCGAGGAAGAGACUGGAACGUGGACCUCAUUCCAAAAUUCCUUAUGGCUAACGGUCAGUUGGUAAAGAUGCUGCUCUACACAGAAGUCACUCGCUACUUAGACUUCAAGGUGAUCGAGGGGAGCUUCGUCUACAAGGGAGGAAAGAUCUACAAAGUUCCUUCCACUGAGGCAGAAGCCUUGGCAUCCAGCUUAAUGGGCUUGUUUGAGAAACGCCGGUUCAGGAAAUUCCUAGUGUACGUCGCCAACUUUGAUGAGAACGACCCCCGAACUUACGAAGGCGUUGAUCCCAAGAAGACCACCAUGCGCGACGUGUAUAAGAAGUUUGACCUGGGGCAAGAUGUUAUAGACUUCACGGGCCAUGCCCUCGCGCUCUACAGGACUGACGACUAUCUAGAUCAACCCUGCCAAGAAACAAUCAACAGGAUUAAGCUGUACAGCGAGUCGCUGGCUAGAUACGGGAAGAGCCCCUACCUUUAUCCCCUCUAUGGCCUUGGAGAGCUGCCCCAGGGAUUUGCCAGGCUAAGCGCUAUAUACGGAGGCACCUACAUGCUCAACAAGCCCAUCGAAGAGAUCGUGAUAGAAAAUGGCAAAGUGGUUGGUGUGAAGUCUGAAGGGGAGGUUGCUCGCUGCAAACAGCUCAUCUGCGACCCCAGCUACGUCUCGGACCGCGUCACGAAGGUGGGUCAAGUGAUUCGGGUAAUCUGCAUCCUGAGCCACCCCAUCAAGAACACAAACGAUGCCAACUCGUGCCAGAUCAUCAUUCCACAGAACCAGGUCAACCGAAAAUCAGAUAUCUACGUCUGCAUGAUCUCCUCCGCGCACAACGUGGCGGCGCAGGGGAAGUACAUCGCCAUCGCCAGCACCACCGUGGAGACCGCCGACCCAGAGAAGGAAAUCAAGCCGGCCUUGGACCUCUUGGAGCCCAUCGAGCAGAAGUUCGUUAGCAUCAGUGACCUGUUUGCGCCGACCGACCUGGGAACCGAAAGCCAGAUCUUCAUCUCUCGCACCUACGACGCCACCACCCACUUCGAGACGACGUGCGACGACAUCAAAGAUAUUUAUAAGAGGAUGAUGGGAUCAGAGUUCGACUUCGAGGAGAUGAAACGCAAGAAGAACGAUAUCUACGGGGAGGAGGAGCUGCAGUAAUGAGAAUCUCUUAAUUAGGAGAAAUUAAAAAAAAUCGGCUAAUAUGAAUAUAUAAGGAACUUAAUGAACACUGUAUGAAAUUCAAUAUUGUAAGGCCUGCUUUUGUAAUCCCAUCUCUGAGAGAUUGAAGAGUACUGCACUGGUAAUGAUGUUCCCCUUUUGGA